GUGGAGUUAUGCAGUGUCUUGGCCACUCAACAUUCAAGCCGUAUCGCAUAACUCCGUGAUCUGAUAAGAUACAGCGGAGACCACAGACAGCCUGUCCAUGGAGAAGACUGAGCAAUGGUGAUACGUCGGCUUAGCAGAGAAAAUCGGUCGUGAAAGACUAGAUCCUGACCAGCUUUGAGGAGCCUUGGGUUACUGGCUGAGCGAGCUAAUGUUGGUCUGUUCGUUUCUGGAAGGACUGACGAGGUACAGCGUAGCGCAAGGAGCGGAAACUUGCGUAGUAUAAAGCGUCGGCUGGGUGGAGCGUCUGCGUUGAAACACACGGGUUGCUUUUUUUCGGAGCAAGGUUUAUGUUUUUAACAAACCUCCGUAGAGCUGCAGUAAGAAAAUUCACAGUUCGUUCUACAGUUCUCGCGUGUGUCGGUGGUCUCCUCGGUUACGUUCUUUUUCGUCCUCAAAGUUUUUCAAAGUUCUCUUCCUUGUCAGUAGCAAAUUACAGAAGCAUCAUGACUGUUCCCUCUGUCGUACCCACAUUUACUGAUUUCAGCAAAUGGAUUGACCUCAAACUGGUUGAUGUCAAGGACCAGACGCAUAAUACCAAGCUGUUCCGCUUCGCUCUGCCAAGUGAAUCGCAUGUGCCCGGUGUUUCUCAUGCUGGCUUUGUCAUCAUUAAAGCCCCCGGUAUCCUUGACCAAGACGGCAAUGAGGUUACCAGAGCUUACACCCCGGUCUCUCGUGAGAACCAAACAGGAUUCUUGGACUUGGUGAUCAAGCGUUACCCUGAGGGCAUUCUCGGUCCUAUUAUUUUCAACUUAAAGGUUGGAGACUCGCUGCCUUUUUGCGGCCCUGGCCUUAAAUACCCAUUGAAGACAAACGAGUUUGAGAGCGUCUUUUUAAUCGGAGGUGGCACUGGUGUGGCACCUAUGAUCCAAGUCGCUCGUCGCAUCCUUGAAAACCCAGAAGACAAGACAAAGAUUGUGUACUUUGAUACACAUGUCUCUGAUGAGGACGUUUUGCUUCGUGAAAUUACUGAAAAAUGGGCAAAAGAGUUCCCCAAUCAAUUCCAGCUGGUCCGUGUGCUUGAACGUGACAACAGUAAUCUUGCUACGCAUGUUGGUCGCAUCAGUCCCGAGCUGUUGAAGAAGUACAUUCCAGCCCCCGAUUCGGGCAAAAAGUUCAAGAUUUUCAUCAGUGGUCCCAAACCUCUUAUUAUCGAUUAUUUUGGUGACAAGGACCCUGCUUCUGGACGUUUUAACUUAACCGGCCGUUUGUUUAAAAUGGGAUACUCCAAGGAGCAGGUCUCCAAGUUUUAGGUUGCUUUGGGCGCAUUGUUGAUAUUAGAAAUAGUCAAAUGAAGGAUCAUACUUGUGGGGAUUGUUAUCCGUUGUUCAUUCUUAGGCGCGAGGAAAGAUUGUUGGUUUAGUCAAGCUUAAUAAAACAUUUCAAACCCGUGUUAGCCAUACUUGUCACUUUUGGAGGCUGUACGC